UUUGGCCUUUAACCAUUAACUUGUGUUUUUUGAUUACGAAUAACACAUGUCAGUGCAGCAGGUUAAUUAGAUGCAGACAACCCUUCCAGCUGUCCCACAAGGAGGAUUAUGUCUGAGUAGUAGAUAAAUAGAUUAUACAAGACACACACUAUUUUGUAAAGUUGUCAUUCUAGCUGCUAUUACAACUGAACAAUUAAAGAAGAACCACCACAAAGACUUUAACAAUUCAUAAAUUGGCAUGACAAACCAUAUUUCCAGUCACCAUUUUUUUAUGCAACUAUAGAGACAGGCAGCAUUCAUUUUUAAUUGCAAGACUGGAAGACAUUUUCACCUACGCAUCAAUAAUUCACAGCAUCCAAAACCCAAAAUGAACUGUAGGACUGGAUUAUUUUUUGUCAUUAUCUUUAUAUGUGUCCAAGAUCAUAACAGCGAAGAAAUUGCAGUUAUGACAAAGCUUGAAAAUUCAAUAAUACCAAAUUCAACACCAGAACCCUUUGGGAAAAGUUCCAGAACACCAACAAUAAGGAGACUAUUUGAAAUGAAAAUGCUUAGAACAAAAAGAUCUGCCAUUUUUGCAACAGGAGUUAAAGUGUGUCCACAAGAAUCACUCAAGCAAAUUGUUGCGAGCCAUUUGGCAUACUACAAGCUAAGAGUCUGUCAAGAAGCAGUGUGGGAAGCAUUCCGAAUCUUUAUGGAUCGAAUACCUCAGACCACAGAAUACCAGAACUGGGUCGAUGCAUGUCAACAGGAAACAUUUUGUAUAUUUGAAAUUGGGAAAAAUUUCAGCAGCUCUCAAGAACAUUUGGAUAUUGUUCAGCAGAGAAUAAAAGAAAAGAAAAUCACUGAAAAGAAGGAUGUGCUAUCUACUGAAGAGACAUCCGCUCCAGUAAUUUCUGAAGAACCUCUUAUAUUUACAACUGGCUUUCCUCGUUCAGUAUCUCUUGUUACUUCAAAUGAUACACCCUACAAUGAAAUCGUCAAUGACACAAAACCAUUAUCAGAGGAGACAUAUGUUACCAAUGUAAUUCCAGAAGCGCCAACGCAACAAAUAGUAGAGUUCAGUGUAACUCUCAACAACCAAGAAUUUACAGCCGAGUUAAGUGAUCCAAAUUCACCUCAGUAUCAAGAAUUAGCUUCAAACUUUCAGCGCCAGAUGCAAAAGGUAUUUGAAAAGCUUCCAGGAUUCAAAGAAAUACAGGUUCUAGGAUUUAGGCAGAAGAAGAAAGAAGAUGGAUCUGAUAGUAUUGUGGUGCGUUAUGCUGUGGUCUUUGAAAGUGCCAGCCCCGAAUCUAAAAAUAAAAUUGAUGAGACACCUACUAUCACAUCUAACAAAGUUGAAAAUGGUAACAAUGAAGAGGCAAAAGAAAUGUCAUAUACUGUGAUGGAACUGAAGCAGAUGGUUGCUAUGGCGUUACAAGAUGAUCGAUCUAUGGCCGUAGACCUCCAAACACUCUUAUUUUCAGAUGAUCCAGAUAUACCUUCAGAGCAACCAGAAAGUGAUGGUCCUCCACCAGCCACUGUUCUAACAUCUAUAAUGAAGACUGAUUUGGAUGAUGUUUUAAUUGCUGAGCUACCACUCUCUAAACCUACUGAUGGAACAGAGCUGCAGGGUAUAAGUGAGGACUUCAUUGCAAGCACAGUGGUACCAGACGCCAAGAUGACAAUAGGCCUUGUAAAUGACAUGACUAACCAAUCACCUAUUAAUCCUAUUGAAACUUCCUCUAUUACCACUUCUUUUCCAUAUCAAUAUGUGAUCUCACCUACUUCUCUUCAAUAUGAACCAGAAGUAGAACUUGAAACACAGUCAUUGGAGGAGAAAAUUAGAGACAUUGACAAUACAGUCAAUGGAGAUAUUUCUGUGCCUUUUGAUACACCAAAUGCCAAUGCUGAAGUGUUAAGUCAAGAAGAAGUAGAAAUUAGUUCAGAAAAUAAUUUAUUAGAAGCACCAAGCAAUGAACCUUCUGAUAUAUGGGAAGCACCUUCAUCUGCUGACACAAACAAUCUCAUUAUAACUUCCUCUACAAUAUUUCCUGAUGUUGAGGUACCAGAGCUAGAUUCUCAGAGUGAAGAUGGACAAGGGACCACAUUAUCUGUCAGCACUAUUGAACAAAACACCACUUACGUAAACUUUUUCCAAGAUCCCAAUCCCACAGAGAUAUCAGGUGAUAUUGAUAUUCAACAGGCUGACAUUCAUGUAAUAAAUGAUUCUUCAAGCAAAAUUGUCCCAUAUAUGACAGUGGGAACACCACAUGGAUAUACACUGAUAAACACAGAAGAAUCCUGGACUCCCAGGCAUACAUUGACACAUGACAAGAAUACUGUUACUGUGCCAUCAGUUGUAGAUGCUCUUCCUGGCGAGGGUAUAGAUCAUUCAGAUGAUUUCAAGGAACAUAUUACAUCCACUGAAGCAAUAACCAUUGGAACUGUUAAAACAUUACCUGCUUAUUCAGAUUCAGAUGUGUCGGUGUCCACUGCCCAAGAGAUGGAAUCAGCUUUUUUGACUGUAGCGCCAUCUGAACGUCCCAGUGACUAUGAACCAAUUAGUUCCAUCACUGGUCCAGCAGUUAUAGAAACACUUGAAGUAACUACACCCAACAAAGUUGAAGUGACUAGUUUGGAGGCAAUUGAAGUAGGUGCAGAAACAACUCAUGAAAUUAUAGCACAAUCUGAAUACACAACACCAGAAACAAUAACAUUGCUUGCAGACAGUACUAUAGAAGAAGCUGCAAUUGCCAAAGACAUAAGGACAGAAACUUUGGAAGUGACCAAAGACUUUACAACAAAAGCUAUGGAAGUAUAUAUAGACACUACUACAGAAGUAACUGCAGGACUUGAAAAUGUUACCCCAGAAGAAAUUGUAGAAUUUGAAGAAACUACUCCAGAAGUCAUUACAUUGUUUGAUGAAAUGACUCCAACCUCUAUAAUUUCCUUAUCAACAGAUCAAUCAGUGGUAAUAGAGAACUCUCAAGAAUAUGAAGAUGAGAGCAUCUCUACAACCCUAGAAGAUACUACCACAUUAACAGCUACUACUAUAAGUUCUUCUGUACAAGAAUCCAAUUUUUCUGAAACGUAUAGAGAGGAUGCUUCCACAGUCUCAGGAAAUGGAGCACAUGAUAUGGACACAGGUAUACUGAGCACAAGUAUACUGAGCACUUAUAAAGAGGAUGCCUCCACAAUCUCAGGAAUUGGAGCUUAUGGUAUGGACACAGAUAUACUGAGCACAGAGGUAGAAGAAAGUAAUAUUUCAACGUCAAGUCCAGAUAUUCCCCCAAAUUAUACAGCAGCCUCUUCCUCCCUAGACCAUUUAACUUCUACUACAGACAUUUCUACUGGUAGAGCAAAAGAGCUUGUUGUGUUCUUCAGCCUUAGGGUGACUAAUAUGCCAUUUUCUGAAGACCUGUUCAAUAAAAGUUCCCCAGAAUACAAAACACUUGAACAUCAGUUCCUGCACCUGCUGCUCCCGUAUCUGCAGUCCAAUCUCACUGGAUUUAAAAACCUUGAAAUCCUCAACUUCAAGAAAGGGAGCGUGAUUGUUAACAGCAAACUGAAAUUUGCUAAACCAUUGCCCUAUAAUGUUACCAAGGCCGUCCAUUGCAUUUUAGAAGAGUUUUGCAAUCAUGCAGCACAAUUACUCAAUUUGCAGAUAGACAGCUAUUCUCUGGACAUAGAACAAGCUGACCUGGCAGACCCAUGCAAGUUCAUGGCAUGCGAUGAGUUUACAGAAUGUUCCAUAAACCCAAUGACCAAAGAGGCAACUUGUAUAUGCAAACCUGGCUACAAAAGAAUUGAUGGACAACUAUGCCAAAGUAUUUGUGACCUGGAACCCAGCUACUGCUCUGAAGGUGACAUUUGUGAAAUUGAAUCUGGGAAAGGAGCGGUUUGCAGAUGUCUUAAAGGUAAAUCCUUGUUUCAAAAUGGAACUCAGUGCUCAAAGUCUUCCCUUGAAACUAAAAACCUUACAAUUAUAACAGCAUCCUCUGUUGCCCUAUUCCUUGUAUUUAUUCUACUCAAACUGGUUGGGAACAUGUAUGGAAGAUACAGCCACAAGACAAAAUCAGAAGUUAAUGAGAAAGACUACAGUCUACACAUUUCGGGAAAAAUAGCCCCUGCCUUUUACCAUGAUGAAUGUCUGAAGGGUCCCAACAUCCCUAUUUGUCCCACAUGUGCCUACACCAGUCCUUCAAGGAACAUUGAUCAGAGGGGACUGAAUACUCCUCAACACACACAACACGGUGUGCGGAGAUUGCCAUCUCCCAUAGAGAAGGAAAAUCAGAAGAGCAAGCACUAAAGUAAAUUUUCAGCAUUGUAUGCAGUUAAAAAAAGGUUUGCAUUUGCAUUUUUU